AUGAUGAGACGUUCGACGCUGCUCUCCAUGGACGCGUUUUCCAGGGCGGAAGACGACGUCCGCGUGCGCACCAGGGCAGGUGCGUACGUGACACUCGCAUGUCUCGUCACCACGGUGUUCCUCCUACUUAGCGAGUACCGCCAAUGGAACACCAUUGUGUCCCGCUCGUCGCUUGUUAUCGACAGGGAGCACGGGCUAAAGCUGGACCUGCGGUUGGACGUGACUUUCCCACACCUGCCCUGCGAUCUCGUCUCGUUUGACGUGCUCGACGACUCAGGUGUGCUGUUGCUAGACGUGGAUGACGAAAACAACCACUUCACAAAGACGAGGAUCGACCAGCGUGGAGAACCACUUGAUGCUGCCGCUGCUGCUAGCUUCAAGCUCGAUGCAGAGGCCGCUCAAUUGCCCCCAACGGACCCGGACUACUGUGGAUCCUGCUACGGCUCACGCGACCAAACAAGGAACGAUGAGCUCGACCCAGCGAACAAAGUGUGCUGCAACACCUGCAGCAGUGUCCGUGAGGCGUACCUCGACGCAGGAUGGGCCUUCUUCGAUGGGAAGAACAUUGAGCAGUGUGAAAGAGAGGGAUAUGUCGAUAAGAUCUCGCAACGUAUUACGGAGGGGUGCCGCAUCAAAGGUGGUGUGCGUCUCAACAGAGUCCAGGGGAACAUCCAUUUUGCUCCAGGUGAUGCGUUCCGGUCCGCAAGAGGUCACUUCCACGACACUUCGAUGUACGAUCAAACUGGAUCAUUGAACUUCGACCACAUCAUCCACCAUUUAAGCUUCGGCCCAUCAGUGGACAAUAUGCAAUCCCUCGAAAAGGCGAGCAACGUUGCCAUUGCACCGCUCGAUGGGAAACAGGUCCUCCCCAGGUACGACUCGCACGCCUACCAGUACACGUACUUCACAAAGAUCGUCCCGACAAGAUUCGAGUACUUCAGUGGGUCUGUCAUCGAGACUACACAAUUCUCUUCAACAUUCUCAGCAAGACCGAUUGGCGGCGGGACCACGGAAACAGCCACGUACACAAGCGGUGGGACCCCGGGACUCUACUUCAACAUAGAGAUGUCCCCGCUGAAGGUUAUCCACAAAGAACAAAACAAGAUCUCCUGGUCAGGGUUCCUACUAAACUGUAUCACCAGUAUCGGUGGGGUCCUGGCCGUCGGGACAGUCGUAGAUAAGAUACUAUACAGGGCGGAAAGGACUCUGCUGAAUAAGAAGCAAUGA